UUCAGGAAGCGUCACUUGGUACGAGUUCCUCUCCAACGAGAAUGAGGAAGAGGAGGAUCGUAUAGAGAAGGUGGAGAGGGGCACAAAAGUUAAGAGGACUCUGAGCUCUCUCAGGAACAGGAUGACCGGCUCCUUCAAUAAAGACAAGGGUAAGAACCGUGAAAAAGAGCUACAGAAAGAGAAGGUGAAGGACAAGGACAGGGAGAAAUUGUGUGGCAGCAACAGCGGCAGCAAUGGGCAUUAUUUGGUGACAGGUUACUUCUCCAGUUGUGCCACGUGCUCCUUGUGCAGCAAGGCGCUGCAAAAAAAGCAUGGCCUGCAGUGCAUGAAUUGUGCUGUGAACGUUCACAAGAGCUGCAAAUCUCUGCUGGGUGAGUGCACCAGCAGCAAGAAUAAGAGAGAUACUCUCCCUAAGACUGGCUCAUCAGGUUCUCCUAACCUUGCGCUAAAAGACUGGGACAGAGAGCAGGAUCAGGCGGGUCCAUCCGGAUAUCAGGCCCUGGAUGGCCAUCGAGGUCUGCUCAGUGCCCCAGGCAUGACCAUUAGUCAACUGGGAUUUAGCACUUCACAAACUGUCGCCCUCACCACUAGCACCUCCACGGCUUCUACCUCCAGCCUUGGCUACAGCCUUCAUUACAACAGUAGUUCAGGAUCCCUCCCUGGUGAGAUGGAUGAGACGGAUACUCUCCGCUCCAAGCGGUGCAAUGAAGACGCAAUUUCCCUCGCUCCUUCGACCGCCGAGUCCAUCAUUGUAGAAGAUGAUCACUAUGCAGCUGUGCGGGCUGAUCUGGAGUCUGAUGCUCAGGAUUUGGAGGCAGACUCAUGGAGUUUGGCAGUUGAUCAGCAGCAUCUUAAAAAGCACUCUAAAGAAACGGUGAAGAGACAAGAGGUGAUAUACGAGCUGAUGCAGACAGAGAUGCACCAUGUGAGAACACUGAAAAUAAUGCUCCGCGUCUACGUCCGAGAGUUGAAGGAGAACCUCCAGAUGGACGCGGGAAGGCUGGAUUGUCUAUUCCCCCGCUUGGAAAACCUCCUUGACCUUCACACACACUUCCUGUCUCGUCUCAAAGAGCGGCGACGAGAAAACCUCAUCUCGCCUAGUGACAGAAACUACACUAUCGACAGACUGGCAGACAUCCUGAUCGCACAGUUCUCAGGUGAAAUAGGACAGAAGAUGAAGGACAGUUAUGGCGAUUUCUGCAGUCACCACUGUGAAGCUGUCAGCUACUAUAAAGAUCAGCUACAAAACAGCAAGAAGUUCCAAAACAUCAUACGAAAAAUCAAUAACUUGUCCAUUGUGCGGAGGCUUGGAGUGACUGAGUGUAUUUUAUUGGUGACUCAGCGGAUUACAAAGUACCCAGUACUAGUUGAGCGCAUUCUUCAAAACACCGAAGUUGGUACAGAGGAGCAUGAGGAUUUGACCCGGGCACUGGGUCUGAUUAAAGACACCAUCGUACAGGUGGACAUGUUGAUUAAUCUCCAUGAGAAGAACUCGCGGCUGCGAGAAAUACGCAGCAGGAUGGAGCCAAAGGCACACGGAAAAUUCAAAGACGGUCGUGUCUUUCGGAGGGAAGACCUCGCGGAGGGCCGGAGACGGCUGCUUCACGAGGGCACGGUCAGCUGGAGAGCUGCUUCGGGCAGACUCAAAGAUAUUCUUGCAGUGCUGCUGUCAGAUGUGUUGCUUUUGCUACAAGAAAAAGAUCAGAGAUAUGUAUUCGCUGCAGUGGAUAACAAGCCAUCAGUUAUAUCUCUCCAGAAGCUCAUAGUCAGGGAGGUUGCCCAUGAGGAGAAAGCCAUGUUCCUUAUCUGUGCCUCUUCCAAUGAGCCAGAGAUGUAUGAGAUCCACACCACCUCGAAGGAGGAGCGAAACUCAUGGAUGACACAAAUCCGACAAGCUGCAGAGAGCUGUCCUCACACUGAGGAAAGGCUGUUCAGUGAGGAAGAAGAGGCGCGAGCGUCAAGGUUUAAAGAAUUUCAAGAACGGCUAAGCCAGAAGGAUGCAGUGAUCAUGCAGACUCUAACUGAGAAGCUUCAGCUGUUUGCGGAAAUGGCAGAAUCUGUGGCAGGUCUGGAAGACGCAGCUUCAUGUUCCAGACUGCUGCUUCGAGGAGACUUCUCAGACCUCCAGCAGGGGGAGAUCCUGCUCAAAGGAGCGAUCACUGAGGUGGAGAACCUCCAGAACCUGCUGCAGUCUGGAGUGAGAGAGAGUCCUCCUCCUCCUCCUCCUCCCUCCCGGACAGAUGAAGGAAAUGGCUCUGGGAUUCUGCCCAGGCGAGCGGACACCUUUGGGGGCUAUGACAGCAGCCCCUCCAUUUUAAGCAAGAAUGGCAGUGUGAAGAAGAACUUCUCUGGCGAGUCCAGAAACAGAGACAGGAGUCAAAGAGCCAGCUCUGACCCUCAGCUAAAAGACCUCUGUGGCAGCCACACCCUGGAGCGGACGGUUGACGAGAGCGCUCCUCCGCGAUGGAAUCACAUCUGGUCCAACUCCUUCCCAGAGGCUGAAUUCUUUGACAGAGUGCUGAUGCUCUCCCAGAGGCUCUACAGUCUGCAGGCCAUCGUUUCACAGCAGGACAGUCACAUUGAGCUGCAGCGGGUCUCACUGACAGAGCGGGCUUCCGUGCCCAGCCGUCACAGAGGGAACGUUCUCCUGGAGCAGGAGAAGCAGCGGACUCUGGCCUUGCAGAGAGAAGAGCUGGCCAGUCUCCACAAGCUGCAGUCUCAACACCGGCAGGAGCAGCAGCGCUGGGAAAGGGAGAGAGAGAGGCACCACCAGCAGAUGGAGGCCACUGAGGCCAGGCUGCAACAAAGAGAGGAGGAGUGCAGGCGGCUGGAGGCACAACUGGCAAAAGAGAGGGAGGAGUUAGACAUGCAGAGGGAGAAGUACCAGCAGGACCUGGAGAGACUGAGAGAGUCCACUAGAGCUGUGGAGAAAGAAAAGGAACGCCUGGAACACCAGAAGAAGAUCAAGAGGAAGACCAUUGAGGUGGCUCCCCUGCCUGGAAGUCUAAAUGGGGAUCUCCUCAUGUCCUCCAGCCUCCCUGGGUCCGCCGGUGUCUCUGACUUGCCUUCGAAGCCGCUGGUGCGUUCCAGCCUGUCCGUGGCACAAGCCGACUAUGCAGAACGCCCUGAAGUGAUGCUGCGACGUGAGACGGGUUCUUCGACCCUGCCGCUAAAGACAGAAGUGCCACUCCAUCUUUUCAGCACCACCAACCAGCUGCACAAACCGGUCGGGGUUCAGCAGCAGAUCCCCACCAAGCUGGCAGCAGUCAACAGCAGCAAAGGGAAAGGAGGCAAGAGCUGCAAAACUUCACAUCGCACCGACAGCACCGCCUCGGUGGACAUGAAGCAGGUGCUCCCGCUGAAACUGUCCACCAAAGAGGACAACACCCUCAAGGCCAAGCGCUCGGUCAGCCCCCACCAGCAGGUCCCGCUGUCAGCCCCUCCUCAGUCACACGCCCUGCAUCACCACACAGAUCAGCUCAGUUCUUUAGACAAUGCUGGACCAGACACCCAAUCUGUUUCCUCCAUCAGUGCCUCCCACCCUCCAAAUGUUCAGAAGCCCCCCAUGCCUCCUGCACAGUCCUAUCCUCAACCCUCCAUGCAGCCUCCCAUCAUACCUCCCCACUCCCAGAGCACCAGCGCUCUUCAGUACCAUUCCCAUGUGCAGCCGCAGAGCCUCAGUCCCAGCACCCAGGUAAAUGUUCAAGGGCUCAGCCACAGCCACAGCAUGCCGCCGCCCUACAAGUUACCCACAGAAGACCUCAGUAAGGAGGAUGUCAUCUUCUUCUGAAAUUAGAUCAAGAGAGCAGAACAAAAUGAAAGAAAACAGUCCGGGGAUAGUUUCUGAUCCCUAAUUAACUGUAAAGCCCAUUACAAAGAGCAGCUUCCAUGCGAUAAUGUGAUGUGGAUGUUCAGUGUGCGCAGAUGUGUUGUUUCUGUAAGGCGUUUCAUAUAUCUGUACAGACUUGGUGAAGUUUGUUGCAGAGAGAAGAGCUGCAGUUGCUCACACACUGAAAGAAAGAGUAUUUGUUUUAAUACCCCUCAUUGCUCCUAAACUGUCAAUAUUACUAUAGUAGUUUAAUCUUAUUUUAUUUAGUUUUAUAUCUAAACUUAAUUGGAUGGAUCAUGUAGAGGAGACCUUUGGAAAAACAAAGGCUUCUUGUAGAGUGUGGAAAAAGGUUUAAAUGAAGUUAUACCAAUCCAAAGACAUUAGCCGUGAGAGCUGAAGGAGGAUGUGACUGAAACAAACGUUGUGGAAGAGAAACUGUCGUUUUACUCAAGAGGAAUGAAACCAGGACAGUUGGUGAGGCGUAAGAAGUGAAGCGAUGGUGACCGUGCUGGACCUGGUACCACAUGAAAAAAACUCAAUAGAGAAACACUGUCUGCUCGACAUUUCAUUUGCACAGUCUAAAUACUUCGGUCCAGACUAAUGAAUGAACUUUCGUGGACAAACUGUGCACUGUUUGAUUGUACGGCUGUUAAAAUUGUGAAGCUUCCUUUCAUUUUAUUUGUAUUUGUCUUAAUUGUGUUUAUCACUGAAGGUUAAAACUGAGGACUAUGUCCUUAGUUUGGCAUCUGAUUGUGUAACCUGACCUCAGUCAGCUAAAGUCUUUUCUAAGCUGUCCCAUAAUAAUACAUCAUUUCAAUCAAGGGGGAGUUUGGCUAAUUGUACAAUUUUUGAAACUUGUGCAGAGUGAGACAAACUCAGAAUUGUCGCUGUAACCCUUAGCAUUAUUUUUCCCAAAAACACUUUUUUUUUUUUUUUUUUUUUAAAGGAUUCCUUAAAUACCCUACAAUUAACAUGUCACAAUGUUCUCACAUACACACAGUUAUCUUUUUUGCAAUGUCUUCAAAAUCAAAUGUUUCAUAAAAAUGAGUCUUUUGCCAUGUUUAUGUUUCACUUGUUGUUGACAGUGAAUUAUAAAUUUGUUUACUUUUAAUUAACAUCACCUUUAAAAUUUAAGGUUUAAACUUUCCCACGCUAAUUCAGGAAGUUCGUUAAAUAUGUCUAUUAGGCACCACUUUGAGUUUGUCUCACCCCUCCGCAUGCACACACACAUUAUGAGACACAUCUGUAUGAAAUAUGUUGCCACUUGCAGUGGAGCUGUAGUGAGUGUACUGUACAUUUUGUGAGAUUUCAUGCUGUAAGCUGUUUUAAAGGGAAUCUUUAAACUGCUUCAGUGUCAGUGGCCUCAGAAGAAAAAUAAAUUAGACAACAGAGAACAACAUGAGCAUUUCAUGAGAGUGGAUAUUCACAGGAGAAACUGAAAAGUAUUAAAGCGAAAUAGAAAAGCUGGUUACAUUAUAACCCGGGUUCUCUGAGUGGAGAGAGUCUCUCUCGCUGUGUAUAUGGAAUAUGUAGGGUGGAGAGAGAUCCUUGACAGGACAGAGAACAGGUGGUUACAUUGUAACCCAAGUUUUCUCAGCACCCUACAUAUUCCGUAUGUACAGAGCUAGCCAGAUGGUCUUGGACAAAUGGACACAAUAGAGAACUUAAUGAUAUGGCGUACCUGGAUUCUGGUUGGUGAGGAAAAAUGGGUACUUGCCACAGGCAUAAACAUUUCAUUAUGUGUGCUUAGAUAUCAUAUUCCUCAUCCCUCUUAGCAACUCCAGUAUCAAUAUAUACAAAAUUUUAAUGAGAUAAACUAUUACACAGGACUGAAGCAAUUUAAAGUUUCUCCAUUUUCCAUUUCAAUCCACAUCAGUCUUAUUUUUAUUUAACUUUUUUUUUUUUUUUUUUUUUUUUGAUCAAAUGAAAUAUUAAUCUGUGCGAUAAAUUGUUUUUUUUAACAUGUUUGUCACUUGACCUCAUUUGGAUGACUUGAAAAGAAAAAAAAUGGGCUGGAUGGGUUUGAGGUAAAUAAGAUGUCAGUUUUAAUUGAGGCCCAGAGGUCUCAUUGGCUGUGUGUUGUAUUUAUUGUUAAAGACAUUUCAUUAGCUGGGUCUUAAACCUCAGUGCCUGACAGAAGAGCGAUACUGUGACGGCUGCGGUGGUACAGCUAUCGUCUGUUUAUUCAGACUUCAGCGUUUCUUCACAGAAGAAGCUCGGAGAUGAUCCUGUUCUUUUCCUGUACACGCGUGGGGAAUGUCAGAGUUUCUUUGUCCAAAUUAGCUGGUGUCUGAAGCUUGGCUUUGAGCAUUUUUUUUCUGUAUAUUAUGUAUAUUAUUGUACAUACUGAUUGUCGUCCUCCCACACGGUGUCUGUUUUGUGUAUAUGUGUAUAUACACUUAAAUUGCACACAUGGCUGUGUAUGUACAAUAUGGUACUCCUUCACCUUUCUUGAAUCAGACUCUUGCCAGAAACCACAGUCACUCAUCACUGCCGUAUAGACGGACUGAAAAUGAACGUAUUUAAUCUCCUGAUAUGCGUUGAUGUUGUAGCUUUGAAGCUGAGCUGUACUGACUGCCCGUUGGCUCUGGUACAGUUCACGAUUUCACCAAGGUUUUACGGCGCGGCCGUAAAAAUGAAAUCAUCUGCUUGUUUCAGUCGGUUAAACCAAAGAGGCAUUCAGCUGACUGGGUUGCUUUCUGUGCUCUUGCAUGAAGCGUGAAUGACACUGUGCCGGUUGUGUGGCCGACCACAAAGUGUUGUUACGUUUAAAAAACAAACAAACAAACAAAAAAAAACCCCUCCUGCUUCAGAUCAGAUUUUUUGGUCCUGUUUGCUUCAUCGUCAUCAGAUCACAAAUAUCGCUUCAUUCACAAAGAAUCUCCUUGAAGUUAAAACAAAUUAUUGGGUUAUUUAGAUUUUGUAUUCUGGCUUGCUUAAAGUGCUUAAUGGCAGUGUGUGAGUUUCUUAUCAGGCUCUUAUACAGUUGUAGAAAACUUGUAUUUAUGGACUAUUAAUGUGCACACUGACGCUCAUGUGGGUGGAAUCUGUAGAAUCCGGCUAAAUCAUUCCCAGCAGCUCAAGGCGUUCAUAAGUUCAUCACCAAACUUAAUCUGCUGUUUAACAUUUAAGACUCACUCGUCAGGAGAUCACGAGAACUGAUGAAAGAGCUACUUAAGCUUUGUCAGACUUUGUUUCAUGCUUUUCGAGACAUUUCCAUUCCAUUGGUUACGUGUUCUUUCUUUCUUUCCUGUGUGUAACCCGUGUAUUGGCGUCGUGGUUCUGCUCCAGGUCACAGACUUUAAUUAAACCUUAACGGGGAGAUGAAGGCUGCUUUGUGGAUCAACUCAAGUCUUAAAUGUUGCUUUGCUGUAGUCCUUUUUUUUUUUUUUUUUUUAAAGACACAAUGUAGAAGCGAGUCAGUCACUUCACUGUGUGUGGAAACAUUUUGAAUGUUUUUGUUUGAGUGUUUUUGUUUUUACACACACGUGCACCUGUUGGACCUGUAAUAUGUAAAUACUUAUUUUAUUUCCUCUGCUAAUUUUUACACUAGUCACUUUGGAUAGUAGCAUACUUGAAGGGGAAAAUGAAUGUUUAUAAUGCCCGUCUUUGUUUGGCGUUUUCGUCGUUGUUGCCGUCUGUGAACGUUUCAUUUCCAGAAAGCUGUCUAAUGACAUUUGUAGCACACAGCAAAAUUGAUUUUUGUACCGUUUUAUUUUAUUCACUCUGCAACAUUAGAAUGACCUGCGGACACAAAAAGCUG